AGAAAGCAAAGAAAAAAAAAAAAAAAGUAUUUCGGUCGCUUAAUUUUAAAUUCAAUUGAUCUGUGCAUAAAAUUCCUGAUUCAAUUCCCCUAACUGUACUCUUUCGCCUUCCGGCUUCCGGCUUCCGCCUUCCGCAAUCCCCGCAUUACCCAUUUUUAAGCGUAUACAAAAAUCUAAACUUUUCUCCAUUGUUAAAUAAAAUAAAUACUCUAAUUUUAAUUUCUCCUAUACUAAUUAGUAAUUAUGCUACUACUGUAAAGUUAACCAACAAAGCCACAUCACCAAAAUCACUAUCAUUGAUUCUCCAUAUAUAAUUCUCUCACUCUUCCUCAUUUCCACAUUCCCUUUACUAAUUUCACCUAAACCCCUUUUUUUUUUUUUUUAAUCUCAUUUUCACAAUCUGGGUUUUCUUCAAUGAUCCUAAGAAUAUCUUGGGUUUUUCUUAUUUUUUGAUUUCAUUUUAUAGAUUUUAAUUUUUUUGAAAAUUGGGGAUCAAAUAUUUUUUUAUUUGAAUUUUUUGAAUAAUGGGUUGUGUGAGUUCUAAAGGAGGAGUUCCAGUGACGCCGGCGUUGGAUUAUUCUGGUGUUUUUAGGGACAAUGUGGUUGUGGGUGGUUCUGGCCGUAGUAGAGUGGGACCCACUGAGUUAGAUAGUAAGAAAAAGUUUAACUCCGGUGGUGGUGGUGAUGGUGAGUUAGGACGAGUCAGCUCAACGUGUGGGAGUGAGUCAGUGAGUUUCAGGUUAGGGAAUUUGCAGAAGUAUGUUGAAGGUGAACAAGUGGCUGCUGGUUGGCCUGCUUGGUUAAGUGCUGUUGCUAGUGAAGCCAUUCAUGGUUGGUUGCCCCUCAAAGUUGAUUCUUUUGAGAAAUUAGAAAAGAUUGGCCAAGGAACAUAUAGUAGCGUUUUUCGGGCACGUGACCUUGAAACCGGGAAGAUAGUUGCUUUGAAGAAGGUGCGGUUCGACAAUUUUGAGCCGGAGAGUGUUAGGUUUAUGGCCCGAGAAAUUUUGAUCCUCCGCAGGCUUGAUCAUCCUAACGUUAUUAAGCUGGAAGGAAUAGUCACUUCCAAAUUAUCUUGCAGCAUAUACCUUGUCUUUGAGUAUAUGGAACAUGAUCUUGCCGGACUUGUUUCUUGUCCUGAUAUUAACUUUACUGAGGCACAGGUUAAAUGCUAUAUGAAGCAACUAUUAUCCGGGAUUGAGCAUUGCCAUCAACGAGGUAUAAUGCAUCGGGAUAUUAAAGGAUCAAAUCUUCUGGUAAAUAAUGAAGGAAUUUUGAAGGUGGCUGAUUUUGGUUUGGCCAACUUCUGCAGUACGUCACGCAGACAGCCAUUAACCAGCCGUGUUGUAACUUUGUGGUACCGACCUCCCGAACUCCUUCUCGGGGCUACAGAUUAUGGACCUUCUGUUGACCUCUGGAGUGUCGGUUGUGUAUUUGCUGAAGUUCUCCUGGGAAAGCCUAUUCUUCAAGGGAGAACCGAGGUUGAACAACUCCAUAAAAUCUUUAAACUUUGUGGGUCUCCACCUGACGAGUAUUGGAAGAAAUCAAAACUUCCGCAUGCCACUCUUUUUAAGCCGCAGCAGCGCUAUGAGAGUUCUCUUUUGUUAACUUGUAAAGAUAUGCCCGCAACUGCAGUGGACCUUAUUGAAACUUUACUUUCUGUGGAGCCGUACAAGCGUGGAAGUGCCACGUCUGCUCUAUGUUUUGAGUAUUUCAGCUCUAAACCUUAUGCGUGUGACCCAUCAACUUUGCCAAAAUAUCCUCCUAACAAAGAAAUCGAUGCCAAAGGUCGUGAAGACACAAGAAGGAAAAAAGUCAAUGGAAGAGUUCGUGGGCUUGAAACAGGAAGAAAGACAAGUAAGAAACCAAACGGCAUACGCAAACCUGCCCCAGCUGAGGAGCUGCCGUUGCCACCCCAACCUCAAGAAACACAGAGAGUCAAAAUCAACGGAAGUUUAGCACUCUUCCAUCCAGAAGAAGACAUAAAAGGGAGGGAACCACCGAAACCAUCAAUUGAUCGACGAGAAGAAAUUUCCCAUUCGAAGAAUGCUUCUCAAGGAGACGUACCAUAUUCAGGUCCCUUGCAAGUUUCAGCCUCAAGCGGCUUUGCAUGGGCUAAAAACCGAAGGGAUGAUGUAUUUGUUAGAUCACACCGACGGUCCAGUUCGAAGCUUAGUUUCAAUGGUCUAGAAACCUAUUUAACAUCAAAUGAAAGAAGUGAUUCUGAGGUAAAGAAGCACGAAAAUGGCGAUAAAUCUCUGGGAACCCGUGCUUUUUCUAGAGGGCAUGAUUACUAUGAAGCUCUUAAGCAUACAGUAAGAAGACAAUGGAGCCAGUUUGAGCGGCCCGACUCUUUUGAUGCCUCGGAUGAAUACCAUUCACAGGAAUUAUCCUUAGCACUUUAUCAAAAGGAGAUGGGAACAAGGAGAAACCACAUGGAUAGAGAGGGCUUGGUUGAAUUUUCAGGACCUUUGUUAUGUCAAUCAAACCGACUUGAUGAACUUCUAGAGAAACAUGAACGUCACAUUCGCCAGGCAGUUCGAAGAUCGUGGUUUCAAAGAGGGAAAAAACAAGGCAAAUGAGUAGAAGAAACUUUAUGAUGCCAAAUUAUUCAAUUUUCUAAGUGUUGAGCUAACAUACCUACCAAUGUUAAAACUGUGAGAAACCGACUCCCCGAUUCCACCACUCAAGUCUGCUGCUGUAGAUUGUUGCAGUAAACCCCAUUGAAGAUUUUGAGUCCCAAAUCACAAUGCUGAUACCAAAAUACAGAAUACAGAUGACUGUUUUUCGGACGAUGUACAUAUGGAUGAACUAUGAUGUAAAUAAAAAUGACUCUAUGAUGUUAGUAAACUCUUGCCAUAUUUUUUGUCCAAUUUUGAAAAAGAAAAAAAAUCUAUAAUGAUUUUAUUUUCCCUCUAAAUUUUGGUAAAACAAAAAGAUAAAUAAAUAGCUGUAAAUGGGUCAAAAGUGUUGGGCUUUGCCCCUACAAAAGGAAAAGGAGAAAGGUGAAAACAAAAGAAAAGGUAAAGGGAGGAAGAAAAGAUUGAUAAUUGCCCUUUUAGUAACGAUGGUAGGAAGAGUAAUACAAACACAAGUCCUAUUGGUUGCUUUCAUAUGCAAUCAUGCUACUCCACUACACCCUCUGGAAUUAUCUAAAAUUUUCAUGAUUUUUCUAUAAUAAUUUCACCGACAGAUUAAUCAUGA